UAUAAAUGAAGAACUAACAUCCUAUUUUAUUAAAAAAAUAUUUUCAGGUUUAACGAAGCUGAAAAGAUGUUCUCAAUUUUUGUGAUAAUAUCUUUAACUUGCCAGCUGGUUGUUUCUGUUAUUUUGUCAGGUAAGUUUUUCGUAGUAUCAAAGAUCGGCGUUUAAAUAGAAGAUAUACUUUUUCUUGUUGAAUAAACUCUCAUUAUAAAUUUUCACGUAAGUGUCUCCAUAAAUAUAAAAUAACUGAUAUUUAAAAAAUAUAAUUUAAUGAAAUUCUGACAUCAACAAUAAUUAAUGCUGUUAUCAUUUGAUGCACGAUUUAUAAGUACUACGUGAGAGAUAACCAUUGGUGGCAAAAAUCUUGCAGCUACCAAUCUUUCCAAACAUUUACUUUCACCUUUACUUCUUUAAAGGAAACGGUACCUUUCGAAUAACUGGAAUCAUGGAAAUUUUAAACGAAGAAAACAAAUUAAAUUAUCAAUCUGGAUUUAUGAUGGCAAGCGCCUUACGGUAUGCAGUGGAUAAAAUCAAUGAAAAGAAUGACCUAAAUGGAUAUAAAAUGGCGUACGAUGUAGCAGACUGUAAUAAUAUAAACGCAGGCAAAAAUGCUGUUCUGGAUUCGUUUUUGCAAAAAGUCCCAUUUAUCAUUGGUUCAUACUCAUCUGAGAGCUCUUACAUCAAUAGUAUCUUGACAGGCACGUUUAAAACACUGGUGAUUAGUUAUUCUGCAACAUACGUUGACUUCCGAAAGCAUGGUUUAAGUAAAGGAUUCAUGCUUCGAAAUGUACCAUCUGCUCUUAUACGCAUGAACGUUGCUCUUAAUUUCUUAAAACGUAUGGGAUGGAAUUACAUCAGUAUGGUGAGUUCGUUUAGCUACAACGGGGAAAAAGAUGCAGCUAUUUUUGCCACCUAUUUACACAUUAUUAAAGCAUGCCUUGCUGAAAGCAAAUCCUUGCCUAGCAAUCCACAAAAGACGGAUUUUGAGAAUACUAUCUAUAGCCUAGACACAGAUCCAAAGAUCAAGGUGAUUGUUUUGUUUACAACAAAGACUGAUACUCGAAACUUUAUUAAGUCUUUGGGUCAGCAUAACUUAACUUCUCGAUUUUACAUUUUAUGUAUGUACGGUUGCACAAAUAUGGCGGAGGUUGUAGACGGCAUUGAACAACAUGCUGUAGGCAUAAUAAGCAUAAAGAUUCCCUACAAGGAUAAUAAAGGUUUUAAGGAAUAUUAUUUAAAUCAACGUCUUACAUCAAACUCCAAAUUGUACUUUAAAAAAGCCUGGGAACGGUUUUUCCAAUGUAACGUACUUUCGAGAAAGACUCCUAAAUAUCCAAACAACUGUACCGGUGACGAAAGGUUAUCUAACGAGCAUUACGACUCAGAAACACCAAUAGCAACUAUCAUUGAUGCUGCCCAUUCUAUUGGUAAAAUUAGUCACUAUGCAAUAUCGGAUAUUUGUUAUUAUAAUCCCAAAUCCGAGUUUGCAAAUGGUACAAAUUGCACAUUUAAUCCAAUUCGACAUUUCGCAAACUUUAAUUCUCGUUUGUAUCAAUUCGCUUUUAAUACUAGAUCAAUUUCUAUAACAAAAUCCGGCAACAUUAUACCUAGAACUGGUCUUCAUCAGCAGAUAUAUAAUUUUUAUCAAUAUUCAAAAGUAAAUGGAACAUUUAAAAAUGUGCUUAUUGGAAAUUCCGAAAAAGUCUAUCAAGUAGGAAAGCAUUUCAAGUUGAUUAAAAAUGAUUUUAGUAUCACUGCAAAAUGGUUUAACGAAACUACAGGGGAACACCCAAUGAGAAGUAUAUGCAGUGAGGUCUGUCCAUUGGGAUAUAUCCAAGAAAAAGACUCUCAUCCACAAAGAAAAAUGUGCUGUUGGAGAUGUUUAAAAUGCCCAAGCAACAACAUAGUUCGUAACAAUUCCUGUUUCCCAUGCAAGAAAACAGAUAAAGCGAAUUUAUUUCUUAGUGAAUGUUCACCAUUAUCAAAAAGGUUCAUUACUUUCAAUGGCAAGGUACUGCCAAAUUGUGUUGCUAUUGCCUGUGUUGUUGGAUUGUGUUGUGUCGCUUGUGUUGUAGGCUUCUUCAUAAGAUAUGAUAAAUUCCGGGUGAUCAGAGCAUCGGGAAGAGACCUUUGCUAUCUUAUUCUCUUUGGUAUCACCAUGAUAUUUAUUUGUCCCUUUUUAUUUCUAACUAAGCCAACACUACCGGUCUGUCUCUUUCGAGAAGGACUACCAGGUGUGUCAUUCUUGUGUUGUUAUGCUCCGUUAUUUCUAAAAGUGCAUCGCAUAUUUAGAAUCUUCACACAUGCUAAAACAUCUGUAUCACGACCAGCUAUGGUUAGUUCGAGAUCUCUUCUUCUUCUUUCUCUUGGUAUAAUUUUUGUUCAGAUUUUGCUUGUUGGGGUCUGGUUUUUGUCUAAUGUACCUAAGCCUAUCGAAGACAUUUCUGCGAAUAGGGAAUACAUCAUGAUACAUUGUGCAGGAGCAGGCAGUCCCGUUUUGAUGUUUUUGAAUUUGGCUACAAGUGUUUUUUUUAUGUCUGCAUGCACAGUGCUUGCGUUCAAGACAAGGAAAUACCCCAAAAAUUACAACGAAGCAAAGCACAUUGGAAUCACGCUCUACGUUACUUGCAUUGCGUGGUCGAUAUUUUUGCCCGCGUAUUUUCUUAUACCCGGGGAAAACUUUGUAAGGGAAUACUUCAUGAGUACUAUAUGUAUUGUUAUUGGGUUCAUAACAGUUUCGGGAUUAUUUGGGUAUAAAGUACGAUUGCUAUGCAACCAGAACUUGCUAAAAGCUGGCAACGAAAAUUUACCCACUUGGUAUAUGAGUCACAGCAGUUACAAUGGUGAAAGAUCAUCACAGAGAUCCGCUUCAACUGGACAUUCGCUAAUGUCACUUGGUUGAUUGACAUUUACCAGUGAUGUGUCAAUCACUGAUAACUUUCACAAUAGAUGACAUACUAUGGUAUUUGAUUUAAAUAUUAUAAUUUAAUGCUACAUACAGUGCUAAUAUUAAUUAUUAAUUUGCUCUAAUGCACAAAGAUUGCUGCUAUUAGUAACAAUCUCAUUAAAUAUUUAAUGGAUCAUUUAACGGAUUUUAUUUAUUUAUUUACUUAUUUAUGUAUGGCUUAAUAUAUUAUAAGUACAGGUAAAAUGACACCUAAUAAAUUAAUUAACAGAAUUUUUUAAAGAAAAACCAAGUGAGUGAAACAUGUGCCAAUAUAGGAUCCAUAUUGUUUAUCCUAUCUCAAUCUGGAUUGUUUAGGAUACACAAUUUUAUGUAUACAAAAAAGAGUAUAAGUCAAGAUUCUGUUUUCAUACCAACACAGUAUAAGCAAAGAUUCUGUGUUUUUUCUGACAAGUGAACCAAGUAAAGAAAAAAAUUAAAUGUCUUUAAGAGUUAUAAAUAUGACAGAACACAUUCCACCUUCUUGUAGCUACUAAAUACUGACCUAUCUGACAACGCUUAACAACAUUGUCAUUACUAUGUCAUUUUUAUUAUAUAUACGUAAUUUUUUUAAGUAGUUUUUUUAAAUAAAAUCCACGUAAUAUUGUGGAAUUUAAUUCUUUUUUAAUUAAUUCAUUUAUCCAAAUAAACUCUCGAAUUUAUAUAUAGGUUUUUGCUACGUCAUAUAUAUAUGUUGAAAAUAACAUAAAGGUUAGAAUGUAUAUUUAGGUCUUGGUGCACUUCUAUGUGAGUAUGUGAUGACAGAAAGAGCCUAUGUUUUCUAGAAUAUUUCAAAGGUUUAAGAUUCUACCACGAGGAGUUUGUCAAGUUGAUUUUUUUUGUUAAGGCUUUUUAUUAGCUUCUUUUGAGGAGACAAAAAUGAUUUCAUAUUUUAUAUGUGAUAUGCUAAUGAUUUAGUAGAAAAAUUUUUACUUUUUAUUACUUUUAUGGUUUCAAUCGUUUUGAAAAUACCUCGCAUUUGGCAAAUAGCAAGUAAUCAUUUGUAGUGCGUUUUAAUCUAAUACCAUAGAGUAUUUGUUUCCUUUUUUACCAUCUCAUAGACAACCUUUACUUUUGUCAAAACUGAAUUUUUGUAACAACAAAAUGCACAGCCUUUCCUUUUAAAUAUUUAUGUACGAUUUUUAUUAUUAU